CUGUUUGUUAUAGAUGAUGAACCAUGGGUCAGAAUAAACUCUUACGCUCUACACGACACAGGAGAAUGGAGAGAUCUCAAUCUCAAGUUCGUACUUUCUUGCUGGCGAGACUAUAAGCUGAUAGUGGAGAAGUUCUUCGAGGCUAAGGAUGCGGAAGAAAUUCUCCAAUACUUCUACACGAAGAGUGAAAUAAUUGUUCGUAAUGCUUUAGCGGAUUGGGACGAGGACGGCGAUGGAAUGAUCGAGAACUCUGGAACAGCUGAUCAAACCUAUGACGCGUGGACCAUGAGUGGCACAAGCGCCUACUGUGGUUCCCUUUGGUUGGCAGCGCUGAGCUCCAUUUCGUCGAUGGCGAAGAAACUCGGCCACAAAGACGCUGAACAACAGUUUGAGGAUAUGCUGGAUAGAGCAAAAACUGUUUUCGUCAAGAAACUUUGGAACGGAAAAUACUUCAAUUUUGACGAAUCAUCCUCCGAUCAAAGCGUUAUAAUGGCAGAUCAAUUAUGUGGCCAAUGGUUCCAAACGCUAAUGAAUGGUGAAGAUCUCAUUUCUGAACCUCAGAUCAUGUCCACUUUGGAGACCAUCUACUCACACAACGUCAAGAUGUUUGCAUCGGGAACUAUGGGCCCUGUGAACGGAAUGUUCGAAAAUGGGAAGGUUGAUUAUUCGAGUAUGCAGAGCGAGGAAGUAUGGACAGGAACGGGAUACAGUGUUGCUUCGUUCAUGAUAGCAAAGGUUUGUCCCGAAGAGAUAACUUUGCACUUUGCUCUUUUUACAAGUUUUGGGAGUACUGGUAAUUGA